AGAAGAUGCAACUCCAUCAGAACGGAGUCGGCGUUAUGAUGGCGGGAUCCUUCAGUCCUGCCGUAAUGAGAUGUCGACAUGCAGAAAUGUGUAUAUAUAGACAUUCAGUCUCAAUCUUAGGCAUACUGCAACAAACCACAUCAGCUCGCUUUGCAUAGACUGAAAGAUAUUUGAACGCAAUACCUACCCUGAGCAUAAAACGCACUCUUUUCAAGCCUACAAAAUGCCAGCAACCGAGUCGAUCAAAAGCUACGGAUCCGUUCCCGACCAAGCACAAGAAAUGAAACCAUAUGCCAAGGGAGCCAUUACCGCACUCGGCGCAAUUCGUGCGGUGCUCGGUGCAGGAUUGCUCAUUGCUCCACGAUUCGUCGGCGGAUUGUUCCACAUACCAGUUACGGCACAGUCAGCUCUGAUCGGACGCGCAGUUGGUGGUCGAGACCUCGUGCUUGGCGAGCUGCUUCUCACAGCAGACGGCUCCCAGAAGGACAGGAAGGAGGUGAAGCGCGCAUUGUGGGCAGGCCUUGCUGCCGACGCUCUGGAUAUAGGCUCCAUCGUCUUUGCGGUGGCUUCAGGUCAAUUGAGCAGAACCGGUGCAGGCUUGUUCGGCGGAGGAGCGACUGCAUUCGUGCUGCUGGGAGUGGUUGGACUGCGCAGCUUGAAAUGAGUCGGGGCAUAACUCACCAUUGCUGCUUCAUUUUUUCACAGUGGUCACAGCUUGCGAAAGCGACGACUCAAAGAUGAAAUUGGAUUUUUCCCGUGUACAAUUACAAGUGCGUGGUAUUUAGACUGGAGAAUGACU